AUGAGGUUCACGUUUUUUUUUUCUGGAUAGAAAGACAUUUUUAUUUUGAAUAAACUUUGUGUCACACGAUGCGAAAGGUAGAGAUAAUGAAGACACUAAAAAAAUUUUUUUAAAGUAUUAAAGUUUUUAAAUUUUCGGGCUCUCUAGUAUUUUUUUCCAGCGUUUUUGUAUCUUUUUGCUCUUUUGUAGAUAAUUGUUCGCGUAACUUAGAGCCACAUUGAAUUUUCUGAUGCAGUUUGAAAAAUUGUUUACUAUAAAUAUUCUGAAUUACAUGAUGGUUCUCGGACUCAUCAAAAAAGUCUGUCUAAUAAAUUUUUUUGUAAAUUUUUCCUUCAUCUAUUAAUUGAUUCAUAUUUAUUUAUGAAUUCUUGUUCGUAUUUUUUUAGUAUUUUUUUCCUUUCAAGACUUUAGUAAAUAUUUUUUUAGCGUAAUUAAAUGUUUUUUUCAUAUUAUAUCUUUAAACUGGCAAGAUUUCAAACAUCUCUGGAAUUUUUUUAUCACAAAAAAAUUCAAUAUUUUUUUGAAUUUUUUUGUGUUUCACUAGAGCGAGUACAUAAAUAAUAAAAAAAUGCCAGAAUUUACAGAUAUGUGCUCCUUCACCACGUUAUUGGAGGCCUGGACGAACAUAAAGGUGCCUGGGGGUACGUUUUCGGAGGAAUGGGAGCUGUUUCUCAAGCCAUCGCAGAUUGCGCCAAAAGUCACGGUGCCGAAAUCCGAACUGAGCAGGUUUUCGAGGGAAAUAAUUUUUUUAAAAAUUCUUUCGAAUAUUCAGAAUGUAGAGGAAAUACUUCUCGAUGGCGGCGUGGCCAAAGGAGUUCGACUGGCGAAUGGCAAGGAGUUGCACUCGAAAGUAGUUCUGGCAAAUACGACUCCUCAUGUGACUUUUAAGGAUCUACUGCCUGAGGUACCGAAAUAGUUACAUUGUAAUAUUUUUCUGGGUCUUCUAAAGGUUCAAAAGUUCAUUUUUAACCAAAGUUGAACCAGAAGAAGUUUUUAUUUCUCGAAAACUAUGAAUAUUCGCAAGUUGAGACAUUUUGGAAAUGUAUCUGGCUCUUUUUGGAAGUUUAUCUGUCACCAAGCCAUUGUAAAAAUAAAAGUUGACGCUUUGAAAAUUUCCAGAACUCCUUACCCCACGAGUUUCUCCGAGCUGUCGGGGAAAUCGACUACACUUCUCCAGUCACUAAAAUCAAUGGUAAUCCUUAAAACCUUAUAAACUUGUAAAAGCUUUUUUUUUCAGUCGCCGUGAAAGAGCUGCCCAAUUUUUCCUGUAGACCUACCGAAGGAAACAAUCCCUCCCCUCAUCAUCAGACCACCAUCCAUAUGAAUUGCGAAAGCAUGCAGCUCGUCCACCAGGGUGUUCUCGACUACCGUAAUGGCGAGUACAGUAAGAAGUGAGCUUUUGUCGGCCAUCUUCGAUCUUCAUUAAUCAGUUUUUUAGACCGGUAAUAGAAAUGACGAUUCCUUCCUCCGUCGACAGAACGAUCGUCGAACAGGACGGCCAUCACGUUGUCCUCCUUUUCACUCAGUACACUCCCUUCCAUUUGAAUUCUGGAGCAUGGACUGAAGAGAAAAAGAAGGAAUACGCCACCCACGGUUUCCCCCAUAAAUUAGAAUUUUUCCACCCCCUAGAUUCCAGUUUUUUCUGAAAUCGACGCCUAUGCUCCUAAUUUCUCGAAAAGUAUCGUUGGCUACGACAUUUUGACGCCACCUGACAUCCAAGAAACGUUCGGAAUAACCGGAGGAGUGAGUUUAGCCACUUUGAGCCCAUAAAAACGAUCUUUUGAGAACAUUUUCCAUGGUUCCAUGGGCUUGGACCAGCUUUACUUCAACCGUCCCAUCUCAAAAUACAGCAAUUAUUCGACGCCAAUCAAAGGGCUGUUUUUGUGCGGCAGUGGGGCUCAUCCAGGUGGAAAUAAAUAUUAUUUAUCAAAACUCUUUUUGAAAAGAUGAACGAGGCAUAAUUUCUAUAUUUUCAGGAGGCGGAGUAACUGGAGCCCCUGGAAGACUCGGAGCAAUGCGAGCGUUGAGAAAUUUGUAAAUUAGAAUAUUCGAUCUUGUAAUAAAUUAUUUUUUCCUUGCAUCGAAAAUGAAAUUUCAAAAAAGGCAGAAAAUCCAACAAUUGUUUUCUACUGUACUGAUGAUACCAACGGGGGGAACUUUUUCAAGGUUAUUGCACAAGAAAAAACUCAUACCCUGACGACGCUAUAGUGAUCCCUUGAAAAAUAAUUACAUUUAAAUUUCAAUAAAAUAGAAGCUGGGAUUUUUCCCACAGUAGUUUUCUCUGAUUUCAGUGAAAUACACCAAUCCAGUAAGUCCUAAAGUUCAUUUAGCUCUCUAGGGGGCACUCAGAAGUUCCCAGAGCGAGUUUACGCCGAUUUGGAAUAGUCGGACGUGUCCGCAUUUUUCAAAAUAUUUUUUUAUUUUACUCGGGUUUUCUGUCUUUUUAUUUAUAAUUUCGCUUUCAAAAUAGAUUUGACGGGUUGGAAAUGACUGUCAGAACGUAAAGAGGAUAACGAGAAAAUUAAAGAGUCAAAGACCUUUUUUUUCAAAUUUUGCGGCAUUACUUUGAAAGUUUCGUAGUUUAUAUUAUUUUGAAUAUGGCUCUAACUACUUAUAAUGCCGUCUUCAGCGUGUUUUUCUUCCAAUCAUGUUUUGCAAUUUCAGAUCUCUGUAUAUAAUCAAGAAUGCUUCGCAAUUUCGUCAGGCCAACGAAUAUUGAUAUAAGACAAUUUUCUCUGUCAGAAUGCUGUCUUAAAAACAAAGCAGGAAAGCAUAAGGUUUUUUUUUCAACUUAUGUUCUCAUUUUAAAUAUAUUUUUUAGGCGACAGUGAAUCGCUCACAACUUUUGACCUACGAGAUGGCUCAAAAGCCUCAUCACAUUGGCGUCCGAAAAUCGUGGCUCACCUGGCAUUCUCAAAAUCUUGAAGGUAAGAAUUCCAUCCGAUUAAAUUUUUGAAAGAGAUUAAUAUUUUGAAGUGAGCAAGGUUCAAAAGUCAAAUUGAUUGUUUAUUGUAUCAAUUAAAUUAUUUCUCAGAGUUCCGACAACAGCAGCCAGUUGCCCUAGCACAAGACGAAGUCGUCCGGAGGUUUAUCCGAGGAUUUUUCCCCCAAAAUGUUGUCGUUAGUGGGAAUGAAGUUAGUUUCGGCUUCAAAUAACUUAUUUAAAUCUUCUGAUUUCAGCUCGUGAUAAAACGACGUGGAAAUCUUCUGAUCGUCGCCGGUUUCCUGCAAUAUUCGCGACGGCUCGACAUUCGCCGGAUCUACUGGAUGUACGGUUUCGCCGAGGAAUUUCUGUCCCUUUUGCUCAAGCAACCGGUCAAAUUGGAGCUUUCUUUCGUGGAAAACGAAGACGCUAUCGCCUACAAUUACAUCUAG